UCGGAUGUUUGUUUACUUCACUCCCAUCCAUCGUUCAGUGUAUCUAUAGAGAACGUAGUGUAAGGCAAUCGUAAUACAUUUCAUUUGUUUUUUGUGUGUGUCGGCAAUUUUUUUUUGUUUAACGCUCUCCUAAGUACAAGUCUCGUACAUUUUCGUUUCUGAAUCAGCUCGCAUUAUCCAUAUCCUACGUAUUCAAACGUCGUACGAUCAGUUUGUGAAUUUUUGAUUUGGUAUUUUAUAUCUGUUCAAAAAUGGACGUGAGUUUAGAUGAAUUAAUCAAGAACAAAAGGUCAUCAUCCCUCGGAGGACGUCAUGGCGGCGGGAAACAAGGCGACUCCAGAGUUUUCAGUGGCGGUAAACAUGGAGGCGGAACAUCGAAAUUCCGAUUAAAUGGCGCUGGUGGAAGCAGUGGUGGUCCUAUGCGUGAGAGCAGAUCCAUAGCAAGGCGUUCUAAUAGAUUUACUCCUUAUUCGAAGACUACUAAGAUGGAACAAAUUAUCAUUAAUAAUAACAAUAUUAUUCAACUGUUAUAUAUAACUGAUGUUGUAUUUGGCAGUAAAAAUGCCGCAUUAAAAGUAGUACGUCAAUAUAACAAUGUACCGCUUGAUGGUCGCCAUAUGAAAAUUGAACUUGCAAUUGAUUUUUCAACUGUUGCCAACCUUGCUACUCGUCUCAGUAGACCAGCACCAUUGUCUGUACGAGGUAUUCGUGAUGGAGUGAGAGGUAAACGGGGCAAACGUGGAAAUAUUCGUGGUAACUUCAGAGGACGUGGCGGUAGAGGUGGCAGGAAUAGCGAAAAGAAAAUGCCAAACAAAGAUGAAUUAGAUAAAUUACUUGAUAGAUAUAUAAAAUUUAACAAAAGCAAGAAGAACUGA